AUGGCUUCAAAUCCACCAAGUAAGUGUUGUUUUAUGGGGUUCCGCCACGAAGGUCAACCAAAGGGCUCCCUUCAAGAAAUCUUUGGUCUAGAAACUUAUAUUGCCAAACCUCAGGUUUCCCACUGUUGUAAGUCUACUAAAGUUACCUAUGAAGAUAAAUAUAUUGUCAUCUUGACAGAUAUCUACGGUCAUAAAUUCAACAACGUCCAAUUGAUCGCCGAUGAAUUAGCUAAUAAAACUGGACUAUCCGAAUGGUUAAGUAAACAUUCCCCAGAGAAGACAAGAAACGAAGCUGUUCAACCAUUUUUACAAAAAUUAAGGGAUGAAAAAAAACCAUCCUUCGUUGGUGUCAUUGGUUACUGUUUUGGUGCCAAAUUUGCUAUCCAACAACUGGCUGAAGAUGGUCUCGCCGAUGUUGGUGCUGUUGCCCAUCCUUCUUUUGUCACCAUUGAAGAAGUUGCUGCUAUCACUAAAGAAAAAUCACUGUUAAUUUCUGCUGCAGAAACUGAUCCUGUCUUCACAGAAGAAUUAAGACACCAAACUGAAGCCAAAUUAAUGGAAAAGGGUAACUGCUAUCAAUUAGAUUUAUUCUCUGGUGUCAGUCAUGGCUUUGCUGCUAGGGGUGAUAUCUCUGAUCCAUGGGUCAAAUAUUGUAAGGAAAAAGCUUUAGCUGAUCAAAUCCACUGGUUUACUUAUUUUGCCAAUCAAGGUAAGAACUAA